AUGAAAAUUGUAGGAUAUAAGAAGUUCGAAUAUAUUAUGGGUAAAAUUGAUCCACCGAAGGAAAAUGACGCUACCUAUGCAAAGUGGUAUGCAGAGAAUCAAAAGGUCAAAAGCGUUGCUGACCUCAAUGUUGCUGGAGAUAAUGAAGCAUUAUCGGCGACUGCAUACUGCAAGUCAUCUCUAGGGAAAGGGAUUAUGUUUAAAAAAGGGAAUAAUAUAGAGUUCAAAGGAUACACUGAUGCAGAUUGGGCGGUCUGCAGUAGGAUAUUUCACGUUUGUAGGAGGAAAUCUGGUCACUUGGCGAAGAUGGACCCUAGAGGUAGUAGCGCCCAUGCUUGUGGUUAUGAGGGUAUUGGGCCCUCUGGCGCUGCGGGUGGUGAUUCAGAUGCAGUACUAUGCAGCGUGGCACAACAAAUCAUGGCUAAAAUUGCCAGGAACUCCAGGAAGCUGGGUGGCCCAUCUGCAGGCCAUAGUAGUUCGAUUGAGAAAGAAACAAGCGGUAGAACGGUGGAUGGUGGGAUUGGACUCCGGAGCUUAGUCCUGCCAUUCUGCAAAUCCUGCUCUCAAUUCAUUUUGCGAGAAGUGUUAUUGAGAGGCAGAGAGAUGAGUAUGUUUUCUGCUUGCCGACCCUCUUCCACUUCUCUUCAAUUCAAAACCCAGAAAAGCAGCGGUUGGUCAUACCCGGUGUGCCCAGGUGUAAACCCUACCGGUCAAGACCAUACUCGGUGCGGCCCAGAUCACAAACCCAGAGUUCUCAAAUUUGCUAAAGGAGGGUUCCCAAGAAUUCAGGUGUUCUGCAAUAGCAGCUCCUCACCGGGCGGAGGCCCUCCGCUUGGUGAAAAUGAGAGUAGGAGCAUUCUGGAUGCAUUUUUCUUGGGUAGGGCUCUCGCAGAAGCACUUAAUGAGCGUAUAGAAUCUACAGUUGGGGAGUUUCUAAGUGCAAUUGGUAGGUUGCAAGCUGAACAACAAAAGCAAGUACAUGAUUUCCAGGAGGAAGUGUUGGACAGGGCAAAAAGAGCAAAGGAGAGAGCAGCACGUGAAGCCCUUGGAGCACAAGGACUGGUUCCCAAGUCUUCAACUACAGUGAUUGCAUCAAGAACCCCCAAAUCCAAUGGUGCUCCCUUGGCUACUUCACCAUCGGCUACGAAUGCUUCAACCCCAACAAAGGGGACUUCUUCAUCAUCUGACCCAAGUGCUCCCAAUUUCGACCCAAAUGCCACCGACCCUUAUUUAGAUGUUUCGAAUGGUGACUGACUAUCCACCCCUUUUUCCCAAUUGUGACAAUCCUUAUUUAGGUGUUGCAAAAAUAGUGGGUGAAGCCCAAAAUUAGGUCACAAGCAACAUCUAUGAAGCCAGGCGGCUUCUACAAUCCUCCUGUAAAAGAUAACUGAGCUCCAUUGAGGAAGUUCGUUAUACUUACAUCUUGUCCUCCUCCUAAUGCAAUGUGUUGUAUUUGCAAACAGGAUACCAUUUCUAAUAGACAAGUUAAUCAUGAGCCCUGCCAUGCUUUCGGUUUU